AUGGAGCGCUUCAAAGACAGGAAGACGAUCUUCACGGAGAUGUCUGGCUUAAUCUAUGUCAUGUGUGCAUUGGCUGCUCCAUUUUACUGUGCACGGGUGAUUGCCGCCAAGGAGGAUGGACCUAGCUCCACCGUGCUAUUCUUUGAUGCUGGAAGGGGCUGGGCGGAAGCCGCGAUGCAAUCGAUGUUCUCGAGCUUUGGGAGUCCGCGAAUCGAGUGUCUCAUUACAGGGGUCCUUCUCCAUGAAUAUUACCUGCGCGUCGGCGAUUAUGCCAAGGGAUUCCUGAUCUCAGGCUUCAUCGCGAGACAAGUUCAACUCCUACAGCUGAAUAUGGAGUACGAUGAUGACAUCCUGUGUCGGAAAAGUAAGAUGUCAUGGGCUGCGAAGGAGACUAGGAGACGCGCUCUAUGGGCGUGUUAUCUCCUCGAUGCUUCCAUAGAAUGCGGUAUCAACCAACUUUGCCUCCUACCCUCCAGCGAUAUUUACGUGCAGCUCCCCUGCUCCGAAGACCUGUUUGUGCGUAACAUCCCUUGCAAUACAGAAAUGUUGACUAGGGGCAAACUACUUCCCUUCGCAGACACUUCAGUGGUGGGUGCGGUUGGGAAUCUUGAUAUCCGUGCAUAUUAUAUUAGAGCAAUGGCUAUUCGCUCCAAGAUCUUGAAAUAUGUCAAGCACUUGGAGGGUGAAAUUCCCUGGGAGGUCACGGAAAAUUCUCAGUUCCAUAAGCUCGACAGUGAGAUCAGGGAGCUUGAUGCUUCCAUCCCGGACAGCCUCUCAAUGUCCGCAGAAAAUAUAUACAUCUUCAAGGGCUCCGGUCGCUUAAACUUGUUUUUCGGCGUACAUAUUCUCAUUGCUCAGACAUUCAACGACUUGUAUCGUGUUGGUGUAUCAAGACUGGUAUUCCCGAAUACGGCGACUAAAUGGAUCCGGGAAAACGCUCCGGUUGAAUUCAUCAAGCUCUGCCAUCGCACCUGUAUCAGCAAGGCCGUCUACAUUGGGGCCUUAUUAAAAGACCUCUGGAACUGUCACAAGUUGAGCAUCAUUGACCUUCCCUAUGCGGUGCACACACAGAUAUGCAGCAGUGUCCUGGUCACCAGCCUUUCCUCAUGGAAAGAGCCCGAACCCCCGUUACCUCAUGUAUCCCACAGCGACUAUCAGAGUAUAUUGCAGACCAACGUCACAAUCUUGAAAUACCUCCAACGGUAUAUCAAGGCAGAUUUGUACUAUGAGUCAGCCACGCAGGCGCUAAAGCACUUCAACACACGAUUCUCACAGGAACCCCCCGAACGCAGAACCACUGGAUCCCUAAGAGAAUCCAGUCCGGUAGACAACGGCGAUCAGAUUAGACCCUCCCAGUCGUCCUUGGAGCAUAUUCUGAACCCACUGGGCACGUAUCCCAUGGCUCGCAAGCAGGUGCAACACUAUGACCAGCAACAUGCGCGUGAUGGGACGUCCGACAAGCCAUCAGUCCCGCAGUCAGAGAUCGCAGCCUCAUGCCCAUCCACCGAUAAUCCUGCGAAUAUGGAUGGCUUCUUGGGUUUCCAAGACCAGUCCUUUUUCAGCCAAUUUCCGGACUGGGCGCCCGACAUCCCAAUCAUGAAUGACAUGGGCUAUCCUACGUUUCUGGAUCAAUACCCCGUUAGUAUUGGGGAUGGGACAUUGGUGAUUUAG